AGAGAGAGAGAGAUGGCGAAGAACAACGCUGCAUCUGCCGUGGUGCUAUGCCUGAUCCUCGUAUCGACUUCGAUGCCCACCUCGGAGUGCUCCAGCAUACCGGCUCCGGUUGCCCGGGAGGAAGACGUCCAGUACAUAAAGUGCCAAGUCUGCGAGAAGCUUGCGUCCAAGCUGUAUCGCCAGGUUCAGAACAAGCGAGAUCAGAUUUCAUUCCAAAAGAUCCCGGAAGAGCAGAUAAAUGAGAUUGCCCGGAACCUUUGUAAUUUGGAGGAGGAGGAAGCUGUCUGGAUUCGCAAGAUUGAUCUUGUUGAGAAAGGGGAUAAGUUAAUGCUUGAAGAAAAGAAUGCUGAAGGAUAUUGCAAUUCUGAGUGCAAGACUCUGCAAAAAGCUUGUGAAGAUGUCGCGAAGGACGCUGAGGGUAUUUGUGCCGAGUAUUUAAACUCAAAAAGCCCCCAUAGUGAUGGAAUGGUCGAUUUUCUCUGCAAAAACGCCACCGACGCAUGCGAUUCCGAACCCCCUCCGCUUCCUAAGGAUAGGACUCCCGGAGAAGCUUUCAUGCCCAAACCAUCAAAGGAGGCCAACGUGGAGAGGAACGCGAAAUCAUCGACCGAGAGCACGCUGGGAGCCCCCGGCAUGAACACGUGCUUGACGGACGAAUCGACGAACAAGAAAAACUCCGGCGAGGAAGACGGAGACAAGGGCACACACUCGGAGUGCUCCAGCAUACUGGCUCCGGUGAUGUCGUCGAUGGAGAGCACGCUGGGAGCACCCUGCACGAACAUGUACUCGAUGGACGAAUCGGCGAACACGAAAAAUUCUGGUGAGGAAGACGAAGACAAGGGUACACAUUCAGAGUGCUCCAGCAUGCCGGCCCCAGUGACGUGGUCGACGGAGAGCACGCCGGGAGCGCCCUGCACGAACACGUACUUGACGGACGAAUUGACGAACACGAAAAACUCUGGCGAGGGAGACGAAGACAAGGGUACACACUCGGAGUGCUCCAGCAUGCCGGCUUUGGUCGCCCGGGAGGAAGACGUCCAGUACAUAAAGUGCCAAGUCUGCGAGAAGCUCGCGUCCCAACUAUGUGACCAGGUGCAGAAGAAGCGAGCUCAGAUCUCACCCGAAGAGAUCACGGAGAAGAAUAUGACUGACAUUGGCGAGAAGCUUUGUAAUUUGGAGGAGGAGGAAGCUGUCUGGAUUCGCAAGAUUGAUAUUGUUGAGAAAGGGGAUAAGUUAAUGCUUGAAGAACAAAAUGUUGAAGGAUAUUGCAAUUCUGAGUGCAAGACUCUGCAAAAAGCUUGUGAAGAGAUUCUAAACUUUGGUGGCAUCUUGUCCAUCGAACUUGAUUGA